GCGGACUUUUUCUCUCAAACAAAUAUUUUACUUAAUAUUUUAUAAUAGAAAGCCAAAAUGGCAAAGGAUAACCUAACGGCUGUUUUACAUGGCAUUGAGGACAUGCGUUUGGAACAGCGUCCUAUACCGAAUAUUUCCCCAGAAGAGGUUUUAAUCGCAAUGGAUAGCGUUGGGAUCUGUGGAUCAGAUGUUCAUUAUUUAACUAAAGGUCGUAUCGGCCACUUUGUGGUGACCAAGCCCAUGGUAAUUGGCCACGAAAGCGCAGGUGUGGUUGCCAAGGUGGGCAGCAAAGUUAAGAAUCUGGCUGUAGGAGAUCGAGUUGCCAUUGAGCCGGGAGUUCCUUGCUACAAAUGCGAUCAUUGCAAGCAAGGCAGCUACAAUCUGUGUCCCGAUAUGGUAUUCUGUGCCACACCCCCUUACGAUGGUAACCUGACCCGAUACUAUAAGCACGCAGCGGACUUUUGCUUUAAGUUGCCUGAUCAUGUCACCAUGGAGGAGGGUGCGUUACUAGAACCUCUAUCCGUGGGAGCUACACGAUCUGGCGGUGUUGUUGUUAUUGUUGGCAUGGGACCGCCUGAAAUGAAGCUGCCCCUGUUCAAUGCCUUGGCUCGAGAGGUAGACAUUCGCGGUGUCUUCCGUUACUGCAAUGACUAUGCCGCUGCUUUGGCCCUGGUGGCCUCUGGAAGAGUGAAUGUAAAGCGACUUGUCACCCACCACUUUGAUAUUAAGGAGACACAAAAGGCAUUCGAAACAGCUCGUAGUGGUACGGGCGGUGCCAUCAAAGUUAUGAUACAUGUUCAACCUAGGAAUGCCAACAAUCCUGUAAAAUUUUAGCUCAGAGAUUUUAGUAAGCGCUGGAAUAUAAUUCUGAAAACAUGUAAUACGUAGUUUUAGAAGAAACAAUAAAUUUAUUUGCUUGGUACAAAAUUAACCGUUUGUUCUUAUAGUUUCAAAAUUACAUUUGCAUUUUAUGCGCUUAGUUUCGGUAGUUUAAAUUAGGACUCAAGCAAAAAAAAAAAAAAUAAAUAAAAAAGGCGCACAAAAUGUCCAACUUGCUGUAUUGGCGGUUAUCUCGACCCCUCUACACCUACUUAUCCGUUAGAUUUGUUUGUUAUCGUCCAUUGGCUCCAAUGAUCCGAUACUUUCAUGAAGAUAAGACUGAGGAGUUCAAAAAACGCCUGCGACAACGAAUGAAA